AAAUCAUUGCUUCGAGAUUGCAGCGAUUGCAGCGCCAUUCUGUUUCGAGCAUAUCAACCGCCAUCUUAUCGCUCCAUUCGCUCUCGACGAGGCUGAAACGCGGUCAGGAAACACAAUACAAUAUUAAUUUCUAGCAAUAACAGGAUUGAGGAAAUAAAAAAUGUACCCACCAACAAUAUUUAAAUUUUGCCGAUCGAAAUGCCAUGCAGCUUUCAAAAAGAAGAAGAACCCAAGGAAAGUGAAAUGGACCAAAGCCUACAGGAAGACAGUGGGCAAAGAAUUGGCUGUCGAUCCAUCAUUUGAGUUUGAGAAGAGGAGGAAUACUCCAUUGAAGUAUAAUAGAGAAUUAUGGUCUAAGACUGUAGAUGCCAUGAAGAAGGUUGAACUGAUUAGACAAAAGAGACAAAAUACACAUAUAAUGCAGAGGUUGCGAAAGGGUCGUGAACUUGAACAAGAAAGAGAUGUUAAGGAGGUACAACGAGAUCUAUCUCUUAUUCGAUCACCAGCUGCUGGUCUCAAAGAACGCAAAAAGCUUGAGGAGGUUAACGAACAAGAUGACAAAAUGGAUAAUUCUGAUGAAGAGAUGGAAGCGGAGGCAAUAGAAGUUACAGGAUAGUAAAGUACACAUUAAAUUCUGUUCAUAAUUUUUUUUUAUUUACGUACACUUAUUCUUAAAUUAUCAUAUUUUGUUCCUGAGUCGUAUAAUUAUGGAGAAAACACAGUUGUAAAUAAACGAAAUAGUUUUCACAUA